AUAAUCUAAAGAAGAAAUAAACAAAGACAUCAUUAUUUUCUUCAGGGGGAUGGUCGUCAUGGCAUCUGCUGUUUUCCUGUCGGCGGCUCUAUCAAUUCUUCUUGCUAUCGGGACGGCAGUUUUGGCGACGGCAGAAGUUGAUGUUCAGCGACGAGAUUCGGAUCCCGCCGAUGGGUUCAAACAAGUGGAGCUGACGGAACGGAACUUUAAGCUGCAGAAGCCGUACGACGUGCCGUUGGAGAAGCGGUACAGCUUCAAGAAUGGAGUGCAUCGGUUGUGGGUCUACGACGACGACAAGCCUUUCAAACCCCACAGCACUACCUUGCCUCGGACCGAAAUCAGAAUCAAGGGCCUGGAUUACUCAUCAGGAGUGUGGCAAUUCGAAGGCUACGCGUUCGUCCCAAAAGGAUCACAUGGAGUGACGAUAUUCCAAAUCCACGGCGGAAGAACAAUAAGCACCCUCACUCUGCAGUUGAGGGUGAUCGGCAACGACCUUUGGUACUUCUGGAAGAAGCCCAUCGUCCCCAACAUCGUGGACAGGUGGUUCAAGCUGAACGUGAUCCACGACAUAGAGAAAGGGAAGCUGUCGGUGAUCGUUGACGGCGACCUGAAGAUCGUCGGGAAAGACGGCGGGAAAGGGGCUUGUUACUUCAAGUGUGGGGUGUAUUCCUGCCGAAAGAAUGCUAGCCAUUACAUGGAAGCACGAUGGAAGAACAUCAAAAUUUACAAGAAGUAAUCGAUCAUGUCCAUGCGUAUAUCAUGCAAUACGCAUGCAUGGCUAUAGUACUCUAUUUAUAGCUUUUCUCGGAUAAGUACGCAUAUAUAAGUUGGGAUCCAUAUCUUGUUAGUACUUGCCGGUUUUGAGAGGUUGCUUGUGGUAAUCAAUGCAGUUAAAAUCG